AUGGGUGCUGGAUGUUCAACGGAAAGCUCUGCAGAGACGGAACAGCCGAGGUUUCCCCCCACGCAGUCCGUAAGCAUAGAACGAACGAAGUCGGGGAAACCGUCUGAAGAAGAGGCCGCGCCUGCGCCUAGGCCUAAGCUAAGUGGUCCCCCAGUGGAAGUUGACUUAAAAGAAGUCGAGCGAGACCAUGGGGAUCGAGACCAGGCAGCGCGUCUGGAUGCCCUGAGGCGCUGCUUCGAGGCGCUUGAUAAAGACAAGUCUGGGUCGAUCGACGCCAAAGAGCUCAAGCAGUACUUGUUUAAAACGGGUGUCAACGUGUCGCACAUCUCUGACAAGGCAGAGGAGCUCAUGCGGAAGAUGGAUGUCAAUGAUGACCAACUCAUAUCGCUGGCGGAGUUUUCAGAUAUGAUGGAGGCCUUGCUGACGGAUAAGUCGGAUGAGGAUCUGGACGUGUGGGUGGCUGAGGUGGUGUUCACUGCCAGCAGCCGCAACGUAGUGGGGUUCGGAAACACGCUUGGGGAGGUGCUACAGAACCUGGAGUUCAAGGAGGAGCAGGCAAAGAAAAUCAAGACUUUGUUUAAAGAACUGGAUCGAGACAAAUCAGGGUUUGUCGAACUCCAUGAACUCAGAUUGUUGCUGGGGAAGUCGGGCAUGGACAUGGAGCAGCUGUCGGAGGAGGUCCUAGCAAUCAUGGCCAAGCUUGACAAGAAUGGUGACAACAAGGUGUCGACGCAGGAGUUCUAUGUCACCCUCUCCGCGAUACGCAAGUCCCUCCGGUCAGAUGAGGAGUUUAUGGCCCUGCUCGACAACGUCCUCGCCGUAGCUAAGGCACCAGAAGCAGCCACCGAGAAACCCGCCCUUGCGGAGGUGCUCCUUGCUGAGGACUUUUAAAUACCAGCAGCAGAUGACUGACCGCCGCGCCGACGGGCCUCUGCCGUAAACGUGAAGUGACGACUUCCACCGGCACUUGCUCUUACUGGUUCAAGACGACUUUCGUAAUUACGUUUGUUGCCUGCGAAUAUUUUUAUCGCCAUGCAUCUCAUGGUUGCCAAUGCCAAAGAACUACUUCAUUAACUCUUCACUUACGUCUUGAUAUCUGUCCAUACAUCGGUUAAGGCAUUUUUGAUCAUUGCUACUGAGUGAGCUCCCCGGGUUGCUGAGGCAAACCUUGAAGCACUUGUCGCGAACGGUCUGCAAAGUACAAACCCUGCCAGGACUGCGCAUACGCAAGGCAUGCCGCAACGCAUUGACAUACCUGGUAAAACUCCUGUACCAUCUGCAUUUGCAAUUGUGACUUGACCUGCGGAGGCCCACGGGGCGUAUCAUGAAGCUGAAAAACUGGUGUAAAGAAGAUGGGGCUU